GCUACCCACUGACAUCACAAACCCCAGUUUCUGACUCAUCUUUUAACCAAUUCACAUUCACAUUCUUCCUUCAUUCCAAUCUUCAUAAUCAUUUUCUUCCUCUAAAAUACUCUCGAUUGGGAACAAAAUAAUAAUUCUAAAGAAAUGCAUGCGAAAUCAGACUCCGACGUGACGAGCGUCGAGGCCUCAUCGCCGGCACGGCCACUCUACUACGUGCAAAGCCCAUCGAAUCAUGACCCGGACAAGAUGUCUUACGGGUCGAGUCCAUUCGGGUCACCGGGUCACCACUACCACUGCUCCCCCAUCCACCAUUCCCGAGAAUCGUCGACGUCGAGAUUCUCGGCUUCGUUGAAAACCACGGCGAGGAACGCCGGGUAUUGGAAGAAACUGAACCGCUCCGGCGACGGAAUCGAGGAGGGUGACGAGGAUGACGAGUACGAUGAAGAGGAAGAGAGAGAGAAGAAAGCGAUAAAGAGGUUUUAUGUUGUGUGUUUUGUGGUGUCGUUUGUUGUUUUGUUCUCUAUCUUUUCGUUGAUCUUGUGGGCCGCGAGCACUUCUUACCCUCCUGAAGUUUACGUCAAGAGGUUGGUGUUUGAGAGGGUGAAUGUGCAAUCGGGUAUGGAUUUAUCGGGGAUCGCAACGGAUAUGUUGACUUUGAAUUCAACGGUCAAGAUUUUCUAUCGGAACACUGGUACAUUUUUUGGAGUUGAUGUUAAAGUUGCGCCCAUUCGACUUUUGUAUUACAAGCGUAGCCUGGCCAGUGGUCCUGAGGUGAAGUUCCAUCAACAUAGAAAGACUCAACGGACUAUAAUAACCACCAUGGGAGCACAUCAACUUCCACUAUAUGGUGGAGUGCCUGGUUUAACUGCUAGGAAUGGCGAAAUUGACAGCAUAUCUGUACCACUGAACCUUACUAUCGGCAUAAGGUCGAGGGCUUAUGUUUUGGGAAAACUGGUGAAGCCCAAGUUUUACCGGACCAUCAGAUGUGAAGUUACUUUACAUGGCAGCAAGCUUGGGAAGCCCGUCAAUCUUACGAAUUCUUGUUUUCAUCAUAACUAAUCAUCCAAAUAACCCCAACAAUCGCUUAAACUUGCUCAGGUUUUUCUGGUGCUUUAUCAUUAGGAUGUUUAUCAUUAGGAUGUUUUUGUGGAAAUUCGUCAUGCAUCAUUAUUGUACUUUAUUGUGCCAUUAUUGUACUGUAAUUUGUAGUCAUUUUGAUGUAUUUUUUAGCUUAUACCAUAUCUGACCCAGUGUAUAUAGGAAAGAUGUUGGAGAAAUUGUAGAUCAUCUGCAUAUAUAUUGAUACAGACAAUAGGAACUUUUCUUGAA